AAAAAAAAUAUCCGAUCAGCUUGAUACGACCGAAUCUUCUCUUUAUGAUUGAAGAGUCAUCCUUUAAUUUUUUUGACCGAACUUUUGCCGUCUGGAAUAUUGAACCGGUACAUAUCGUACAAGUGGAUAUCAAGUUUCUGGAGUAUUUUUUAUUUGAACAAAGUUGACGGUUGACAACUUGAGAAAUAAUUGAAACAGUCGGAUGUAUUCGAAUGAUUUUGGUAGCUUUUGUCAGCGAUGGAAUGAGAAACAGGACAUACAUCAUCCGCUAGGAGGCGCACCACUCGCAAUGCUUGCCGCUCAGUGCAAUAAAAUCACAUCAAAAUCACCACCACCAUUGGCAGACGCUGCCGUUGGUAAAGGAUUUUAUCCGUGGAAGAAACCAGAAUCGUCUGCUGACCCAUCAAACUUUUUACUGGUUCCACAGCAAAGAAGUCCAUCGUUUGCCCCGACCUCAUCUCCAAGUUACGUCAGAACGAGUACCAGCAUUAACGGAAGUAGUCCGUACAGUAACGAUCUGUUGUAUCCGACUAGUACAACUUCUGGUUCACAUAGUCAAAGCGAUUCGCCACAAGCAUCUUCGUACCUGCCUAAAAUGCACAGCGAUUCAGCUUGGACUGAUAGUGGAAUAUCUGGGAUGUAUUCUAGAGUGGCCGGAGUGUCGGCACAGCAUUAUGAUGCCUGGGCAUUCGGUUUAGGUUCGAACUUGAAAACGGAGGUAGCAAGCUCCGUUAAUCCAGUGGCGCCAUUUUGGGACAUGCAUUCUGGAACUGGGAAUUUAUAUCCAGAAAUGACGGCGCCUACAUCCGGUCUACAUUCACAAAUGUCUAGUUACCCUAGUGAUUUAAAAUUAGGACACUCGCUGAGCUCAAGUACAAAUUCACUUUUCUCAACCGGGCAACAAUUGUUCCAGGACCCCUAUAAAGCAAUGUAUUCUUCCCCAAAUGAUAUAGGUACAAGCGCAGUCAGUCCAUUUCUUUCCAGACCUGGACUUACAAACAUUCCAAGUCCUAAAUCUAAACGGUAUUCUGGGCGCGCAACGUGCGCAUGUCCAAACUGUCACGAGGCAGAACGUCUCGGUCCUGCAGGCGCUCAUUUAGUGAAGAAAAACAUUCACAGUUGUCACAUACCCGGAUGUGGAAAGGUUUACGGGAAAACGUCACAUUUGAAGGCUCAUCUGCGUUGGCACACAGGGGAACGUCCGUUUAUAUGUAACUGGUUAUUUUGUGGAAAGCGAUUCACGCGCUCAGACGAACUACAACGUCAUUUGCGCACGCAUACCGGCGAAAAAAGAUUCGCAUGUCCCGUGUGUAAUAAAAAAUUUAUGCGCAGUGACCACUUGAGUAAACAUGUUAAAACACACAGUGAAGGUUCCAAAAAAGGUGACAGUGACUCCGAAGAACAGAGUAAUGUUGAAGAUAUUUCAAGCUCCAAAUCUAUGGAUAAUAAGUAGAAAAUAAAUGGAGUGCGCUUAUUAGAACAAAUACACUUGUGUGACAAUUUUUCGGGAAAAAAAAGAUAAAAAAAAAAGUGUCCUGCUAAUAAACGAUAAGAAAAAAAAAUAUUGAAAAAAGUGUUCAAAUUCGUUUUGAGUACUGGUUGAAGUUAAAGUUAUUAUAUAAGUAUAUUAUUAUACAUGAAGGAACGCUAUUUUAGCUUCAUAACAAUAAGGACAAGUUCUUGAUUUGCGUUAUUAAACCGUUUUGUUUAUGUUUUUAUUAUUAUGAAAGUAAACAAUAUCAGUCCAUAUCGGUGGCAUGUUUCAUUGACUUUAACUUGUGAUGCUGCUGUGAAAGAUGUAAUUUCGAAAAUUUUAUGCUACUGUAUUUAUAUAAUUUAACCUUCAUAAGGUUUGGUAAAUAGUGAAUAUAUGUUUGGCAGGAAAUUACACAAUAAAAUAAAAUGUCUGGUCAUAUUAAAUUCAUGAACUAAUAAUAAUUUUAUUUGUUUUACCAUUUUUAGAGCACAAUGAAGAUGUAAACUAUAUUUAAUUUGAAAAAUUCGAAACUUUUAGGACAAAAUCAAUUUUUCAAAUUACCUCUUAUAGAAUAAUGUUUAGGACAUAGGUUUAUUUUCUGUAUUUCCUCCUCAUUUACUUAAAUGCUGUGAAAUUGCAAUAUAUUUUUGUCACAUCUGUCCGGCUGUUUGUUAUGAAAGAAAUGUCUUAAAAAUUGUAAAACAUAUUUCAUCCAAAGUCAAACAUAUUCGAAUAAAACCCAUAUGAAUUUUAUAAUUCCGAUUUAAUAGAAGAAUUGUGUUCUUGUAACUAGUAAAAUGUAUAUCUGAUUUUGUGCUGAUGUCGGAACAAUUUUUAUUAUAUUUUUCGAAGGUAUUAAUUUAGAUUAUUGCGCUAUGUAUUGUUUUAGUCCCUAUAUAUUGUCAAGCCGAGUUUUGUUUUAUGUUCUUGAACACGUUUUUAUGAAUUUAUUUGUUUAUUAAUUUCCUGAAUAAAUAAUAAAUAUGACAGGGCUGGCGGAAUCUGAUUUUGACUUGUCCGUUUUUAUCUGACGCAUUUCUUAACUUAUCUGUAUAUUUAUAUAAUAAAUUCUUGAAAAUUCUAUUUUGCCGGACCGGCUGUGGGCCAACUUGGGUAAUACGGACAAUUAAUUUUCCGCCCUAAUAUGAUGCCCGUUUUGCCUUAACCCAUUACUUCAUGAGCUUUUUGUGAAAAAUGGCUGUUUUCAUUGAAAAGUCUCCUGUUACAAGUUCAAAUUGCUAUAAUACUAUAAAAACUGCUUCAACACUAAUCAAACUUGGCACAAAUGUUGACUGGACCAUUGCCCUUGCAACAACAUGCUCAGGCUUAAAUUUUCUGUUACCAUGGCAAGGAGGGGACAUCUCAAAAUUGCCAAAAAUCACUAUUUUGCGUUGAUUUUUUCCAUCAAAAUUGAUUUCAAAGUGCUGCAACUUCUCAAUGGAUUGAAAUAGAGUCAAAUGCUUUUCAGCGUUGGUUACACGUUACCUUAUGAUCAAUCUGGGGUCAUUUACAGCCUCUCACAAGUCCAAAAUUUUCUUGGCGAUGAGGGGGACUCCGCCCCCCUUCAAACCCCCCAAACAGAAGGGGGCACACCCCCCUUCUGGCAACCCCCUGAUGUAUAUUUUGGUUGGGGGGCCGCGCCGAAAAAGAGGUCACUUUUUUUAACAACAUUUCUCAAACAAAAACAAGUGUUUGGGACCUAAAUAAGGCAUUUCUUCAUCAUUUGAGACAACAAAAGGGGGGGGGGGUGAAAAAGGCGUUAAAAGGCGUGUAUAUGAAGUAAUGGGUUAAGUAUUACAUUGAGGUAUUCGUUAGCAAACUCGUCAUACGACCUUAGUUUCUCACCUUAAAAGUAGUUGCAUGUAUACUUAUUAAAUUAAUUAAUUUAUCAAUUAAUUAAGUUUAAUGCAAAAUUAUGCAUGGGAAAUAGUAUUAGAUUUUAUAAUUACUUAAAAAGCAUCUGUAAUUUGUGAUUAUACAUAUAUACAAAUAUUUGUAUAAAGCAUUAUAUAUAAUUAUAUAAUUUAAAUAUCAUAAUUUGCUGAAUUGUAGAAUGUAAAUUUAAAUUUUAUCUAUUUAAGUUAAUUUGUAUAGAUAUGAUUCUAAUUUCAAGAAAACAGUUGUUUCUUGUGCUCAUAUAAACAUAGUUAUGAUAAUUAUACAUAUAAGGGUAUUAUCAACUCGUUAAAUUCCGGCAAACUUCGCCACUUUCAUUAUUCAAUAACCACUUUAGCAGACAAGAUUUAGUUCUGCUCAAGGUUAUGUCGACGCUUAUUUGAUUCCUUUUUAUGUCACGGAAAAUGGCGAAAAAUGCCGAAUAUUCACGAGUGGAUAAAUAGAUGUUAUACCAUAAUACACUUCCGGUUCACGGCGUUAAUUAUUUCGAAUGCUUCCAAAUCUAUUAUUUGUAAUUUAAGAUACGCUGCAAAUUUUACAUUUUACUUUAUUGUUUGAUUAUUACGUGAUAGUGAGUAAAUGGAUAAAUUUGACAA